GUACAAUAGUAAACAUUGAACCUUACUGCUGUGCACAGAGGUAACUGUACAAAAUGAGGACGUGGUUCCGAGGCCCCCUGCUUCCAAGCAGAAUGAGUUUAAGAAAAAAGAAGUCGAAGGUAAUUCUAUUUACUAUUUUGUGUCUAUCAAUUUUGUAAAAUUUGGGGGAAAUUUUGCAGUGAAAUCACAAUCGUUUUCAGCAGUACAACUAAUGAAUAAACGUGACUUGUUCGCCCAUGACUGUUUUUUCGGCGAGACUUUGGGUCGUAUAGUUAGUUUGAAUAUAUACCACAAAACGAUGUUUUCAAGACAAAUUGAAACAAAUCCAGGUCCUGCUAUUCUUUACCGGCUGAAAUGAUACCAAAUUGUGAAAAAUAUACGCAAUAUUACUAGAUAUUGUUUUCAAGCGGCGCCUGAGCAUGAUCGAAAUGUGAGCACAACGACCCUGGUUGCUUCCAAAGAGGCCUGAAUCGGAACAAAAAUUCGCAGGAGAAAAUUGACAUCAACUGCCUUAAGACGUAUACAAGUUUCUGGAAGAGUAAUGCAGUAGCCUCUUGAUGUGAGUUUUAAAAUGUGCUGGGGGCGUGAAAAACUGAUGUUAAGUAUUUCAUCUCAAGAUUUAUCAUAGGAGCAUCUGUUAACACAACAAAAAUCGUAGUAAAUCGAUUUUUUAGAAGCAUUAAAUUAUUGCUUACGACUGAAUGACUGAUCAAAAAUACAAAUGCAAAAGAAAAAAAACUUAUAGCACCAGGAAAAAAUUGGAAGUCACUUUGUCAUCGAGUUCUCCUGUUCUUUGCUAAUUCUUAAACUAUUCUAAGUGAUCAAAUCUGACUAUGUUAUCACAGUAACUUCCAACAUACAAAAGAAUAUAAGGCAGCAUUUGACACUAGUAAAAGGUAACGUUUUCUUCUACGUGUUCAGCAAGUGUUAUUCCUAGUAAUCGGAAGAAAUUUCCAAAGCUCGGAUUAGGCGCAUUUGUGUCUACUUUAAUUCUGGCUGGUAUGGCAAAUGUGCAAAUACACUUGGGAAGAGUUUCAAUAGAUUACAAAAGGGAUUAGCAAAGUUAGGAAGGAAGUACGUUUCAAUGAAAAAAGGCACAGAGGAUUUAAGGAUGUCAGUUGAUAAUGACCAACUGCCCUUUCUUAUACCGGCAGCACGUAAAAAAAGGGAAAAAAUGAAAUUAUUUUUUCCAAGAAUAUCUUUUAGCUUGUAAAAUCUAUGUUCAGGUUUUCUGAAUUUCUUUUUUGCGAUUUUGCAUGGAUUCGAGGGAUAAAAUAUUCAAAACUCAAAAUUCCUUUGAGUAUGACGGAAUACGCCAUAGCUCUUUUCUACAAAACCAGCAAUAAUUCUAGUAUUCUUUCCUGUUUGCUUACUUGUUGGGAAUUAGAUAAUUGCCUGACAACACUUUUACACUUAUUCAAACGAUCUCAAUUCGUAACAAAUAUUUCAAUCAAUUUUCUUCAGUAUAUAUGUUGUGGUUCAAUUUUAUCCUUGUUCAAAUUUUCUUUUCUUUUGUUUCUGAGUAUUGUAAUGUAUGAUAAUGAGUUUGAAACAAAGGAAAAUAGAAUUUGAACUAAGGAUAAAAUUAAACCACAACAUAUACAUACAGCUAUCUAAUAUAAACAAAAAAGAAAUUUUUGGAAAUUAUUUCAUAAUUUCAUUUUCCGUCUAAAUGGUCCUUAAUUAUAUCGAUGGGAUCUUUCUUAUUUUCAAGUUCACUUCUAAGUAUACUGAUAUUUUCCAUUGCGAAAAGUUGAACGAUUGCAGCAGUCUUUGAAGAACACUUUAUCAAAUGCUAUUAAAUUUAUUGGCAGUUCUCAUUCUAUUUUGCUUCCAGAAAUGUACUUAAACUUUUAAAUUGAGGAAUGCAUUCAUCGUGCCAUCGUAAGCGUGAAAGGCGCUCUCAAGAAGAUUAAGGUCAUCAAACCCUUUACUGUAUUAACCCUUGUUUUCUCAUGUUACCAUGACGACUUUAACCCAUGUACUUCCGAAUUCCGAGUGAGAAAAAUACGAUGACACUAGAGAUUUUUCAAGGCUGGUUAAUAAGGACAAUAUUCGACGCUUAAAAUUCUUUAAAACUGUCACGAUAGAUAAAAUUAGCUCACAAAUAUACAACACUGAAGCGUAAAGUCAGAAUUCUGCGUUAUAUUUGGAGAGCUUAAAUUGCGUGUUCUUGGUGGAAGGCGCUGUGCUAUCUUCCUUCGCACACUCUUUCAAUAUCGUUACCUAAAUUAAUCAGCAAAAAUAAAUCAAAUGCUACUUUAUGUUUGUUUUGCUGCCUUUUCGUUCGAUUUUCAGGUUUUCUUUUUUUAACAGACCAUUCUGGCGAUUGAAUCCAUCACUGUUUUCAAUCAAAACUCAACUUUUCUCCUAAUUUUGACGAUCUCAGAAUUCUUUCUUACUUAAUGUGACAUUAGGUAACACUGCUCAUGAAUUUCUUUUAUCCAUAAUACUUCAAAAUAUUGCCUGUCAAUGAACUAUUUAAAAAUCAUGCAUUGAUAAUAACAAAAUGCUCUCUCGUAAUCUUUUUUAGGUUUUCGUUACACAGGUUUAAAAUUAGUAACGGACAUUAAAUAUUUAAGUAUGUUAAGCAAGUUAUUUAGUUUUGCGGGUUUUGUGCACAGACAUAAUAUACCGGAAAUCAAAGCGAUGGGGCGCCAGAGCCCAACCGCAAAAAGGUUUAACAUGUAUAAUUAUGUAACAUGAAUUGUUAACUGCAAGCCAUCUCGUAACUACAUUCGCUCUGACGAAGGACUAACGCUCGAAACGUCAGCUUUGAAACUCUUUACAGAGGCCUAUCUACGUUAUGAACUCAGUUGAUAAUACCAAAUUACCCUGAUAUACUCUCCCACCGACGCAACACCAUAUGUUUUAUCAGAAACUUACGCUCUUUAUUCACCUCGUGACUAUAAUUCAAGCAAAAGUAAUCGAAACUAUAACAAAGCAAGUUUUUUUUCAAAUAUGUUUCUAAACGUAAAUAACUGAUUUCAUCUUUGCUUACAUUCACGUACUUGUUUAUCCAGGCUUUAAUUAAUACACUGUAUCCCUACUAAUACCAUUUUGACUCUUAACAAAAGAGCUGACGAUUUCCUUUGACCUAGAUCAUUAAUUGGAAGAGUAAUUCAAUUAUAUUUUUAGACUUUUUGCCAUUAUAAUUUGAGUAAAAAAUAGAUCAAGGUUGAGUUGACAGAAAGCCGAAAGGUUAGGAGGGUAAUUUGGCAAAGAAAAUUUAAUAAUGCUUUACACGAAAUUGUUAUUAAUUGCGCUCAUAAAUGCUAUUUCGGGUAUCUUUUGAAAACAGUCAAUAAAAAUAAUUGAGUUGUGAGGACUCCUGUCGGAAAGAGCAAGUUUGAAAAAAAUACCAUUGAUAUAGUUAUUCGGUGGAAAAGCACGCGAUGGUUGUUUAAUUAUCAUCAAGUGUCUCUUUUUUUUUUUCAUAAGAAUGGUUUAUACAAAACCUUGAAACCCCUUUAUAGCUACACGUACAUUCCUGUUGCUAAUAAAAUGACACAACCAUAGAUGUAAGUUAAAUACAAGUUGUUCUUUAUCAGUUAAAAAAACUAUCAUUAAAACCGAGCUCUUUUUCACCUCGUGCCAUAACACUCGUAUUUCAAUUUUCAAAAUUUUGAAGGAACAGGUUUGUUUUGUACCUUCACCUGUUUUUCUUAAAUAGCACACCUAGCAAUGAUAUAAAUUCUCCUCGAAAAAACGGUAAUGUUGAAUUUGUAAUUUGUCCAUGAAAGAACCCAUUUUUUUCGAUAGCAAAAGAUAAGUGUCUCUCUUGGCUCGAUGUUUUUUGACUGAGUGCAGAACAUCUCAAUAGCUAUUCUUCAACAUCUUUUGUACCUGAUACUUCAUUUAUAUCCUACGAUUUUUACACACUUUAUCUUCUUGAAUGGGUGCUGAAGUCAAUCCGGUCGAUCCCGACAUUGUCAUACAAAAAUAUGAGGUUGUCUUUUUUGUACUUUGCGGAGACAUAACAGUGAGAUAUGUCAGUCGAUAUCACUGAUAAAGACUGUCUGCGCGGUUAAAAAGGCGUUCUCGAGUUUUAGGCCUCAUGUAAAAGGAUAAUUAAUUUGGCCUUUUUGGGAACUAAAGGUCCUUGAUAAAUUCUAACUAUGAAUUAAAAUCUUAUAAAGUCAUAAGUCUGAAUGGAAAAAGUUUACUGCGUGAUUCUAAACUAAGUCGACAGGAACUCUACUUAAAGUACACUUAUACUUACUGAAUACCAAGAUAUUUUACGAAUAUACAGGGAUGCAUUUAAUGAUUAGAUAUGUCUGACUCAUCGAAUAGCACAACAAAAAGGUAAACUAAAAAAUGAGAUGAUCCAUGCCGAAACCAUCAAGAUCAUCUAAACUUUAUCAAUGCAAGAUUUUUGUUUAUUUAUUUAUUCGUUUUCAGUUCAAUAACAAGCAAAAAUAGGGUGAUUUCGACAGUCACCAGGCCACCUGCCAAGUUAUCAUUCCCAAAGAAAUAUUAGUUCAACUUUUCAGUAAUGUUCAGCACAUUCCCUUGCUAUCUAAACAUAUCUUAGAACCAAUAUCUAAUAUUUGUAAUAAAACAGAGGAAUACACAUUUCAUUUCAAAAACUAGUCGUGCGCAACAAGCGAGCACCGAAAAAAAAUUCUUUGAUACAUUUUCACAAUGUUAUAACUUGGCUUACAACCGCAUGUUCAUUUUGAAUAUUCACUUUCUUCGCCAUGGGUUUCAAGAGGACUCCGUAUUGAAUAUGUGUUAUCUUGUUAUUGUAACCGUGGCAACAAAUGUUACCCCCUUAAGCGACCAUUCUGAGUAGUGAUCUUCGGCAGUUGUGAAAAACAAGUAAACAUCUACUUUCAAAAUAAAUCAUAAUGUAUUACCAAGAAUUGAUAUCAAUGUAGAACAAGCACAAAAAGUCUGAGAAAAAACGAGAUGUCGAGCUUUGAGUAUUGUUUCAAAAUGCAGUUUUUAUCAAAGUAGGCUCAGUUAACGUGGUAACGAAGUGCACUUCUUGUGGUGGUUGAAAUGGCUGAAUAUUGACAGACGUGUUCAGCGACUGUUGGGAGACGAAAAUAAAAUAGUCAAUAUAAAAAUUGUAUCAGUCUGUAUUAAUUUUCACUAGUAACAAGUUGGUUAAAAAUUACUUUAUUCAAUACGGAUUUGUGGGCUAUUUCUUUUAUACCUUAACUUUUUCAAGAAUGUAAGUCUUAAAGACAGAUAUCAAAUAACAUUUUCCCGGACACUGAAGAGAACAAAGCCAGAAAUGAAAAGCAAGGAAAGAGGUGAUCCUCGUAGAUGGAGUUGCCCCAAAUUUAGCAAUUGCAUAGAAGAAUCCUUAAAAAAAUUCAGGUUCGACAGGAUUCGAGCCCGUACCUUCUACGCACUAGUUGGGCGCUACAGGUACUAACAACUGAGCUACGAAGCUACAUGUUUAAAGCAAGGAAAAUUUUAGUGAUUAAAAAAUUGUGAUCAGAAUGAAACAUGUGACUUGCAAGACGGCAAACAACUUCGGCUCGCAUAUAAAGUUACCACCUUUCCCCUUACUAUGCUAUCUUCAAAAGGAAAAGUAUUUGAAAACAGAUUCGCGGCGUCAAUGAAAAAAUGUGAUAAGCUGUGAUAAUAUCUGUAAGAUCAGUUAUUUUAUACCAUAAAAGAUAACCGUAUGUUUACGUAAUUAACGACUGCAAAGUAUAUUUCUAUUGAAAAAAAUUUUGAUUUCAACGUGACAAUGAUGCCAGGUUUACUUCUGUAACAAUUUAACGUUCUACAUUUUCUAAAUGCAGGGCAAACAGUUAAAAAAAACAUCAGUGUUUGACCUCUAGCAUUACGAAUAGCUUAUAAAAAGACGAUUAGGGGAUUGGUGUCUCUUGUUGCAAAGGAUUAACAUCAGGUAUUCCAGUCUUUAGGAGCCUUGCAAAGUAAAUAAAGGCUUUCUUUGCCUAAUCUAGUUACCUUGUUAAAAUCAAAACCUCGAAGUACUGAUGAAAUCAGCGAAUCACGAUCAAACAGCACAGAUUUUCUCAUAAAGAAAUGACAACCUUACAAGCGUUUGAGCAGAGAGCAACACUUGACAUCACACAACUGGCGCCUUAAAGAUGGAGGAAAAAAACCAAAGCUUGCAUCGCAUAUCAUGAACAUUUAACGACUUUAUUUCUUGGGGGAGUUAUUCUGAUCAUUCUUGGUGCGCGUUGAGCAGCUCUUAAAUCAAAAUCCGAUUUUCUGGUUUCAUAGUUGUGCCGACUUAGCCAUGCAUACAUGACCUAUAGCAUUUUGGUUAUACUUUACUUCAACUGUUUAGCCCUUGGUUGCUCUAAAAGCCUCCAAACUGUUCCAAUACAAAGUAAGCACUGGGUAUUACCCCUUCAGUAACCGGUUGCCGCGUUAGCAAACACCAAGCUUUGCGCUCCCUGUUUGCUCUUGCUGUGAAUACGCGCAAACAUGGGUGAAUACUUCAUGAGCACGCUGAUAAGUUUUGAUCAGUUGGCGGGCAAGAUAAACAUUUGGUUGAUAGACAACCAGACUAGGCAGACAGACCACCCUAACGCGGUUAAAAAGCUAACGUUUCGAGUUUCAGCCUUACUUUGGAAAAAAGUAAAGGAUUGUAAGGUUGUGUCUGUGUGUUAAUGCACUCGACUAUCAAGGUAUAUUAGAGUGAGCCUUCAAAGUAUAACUUUUUAGCAGAGUGUAAGCUAAAUGUUAAUUGCAUAGGUGAGAGCGCAAUCAAUUGGCUGAUGACUUUAAUUUUACUAUUUGAAACCUAAAGGUGAAGGGAUAAGCACUUUUUUUUCUUCUUUCAUUCUUACGUGAAACUCUAUUAGUGGAAAAAUUUGCAGCGUUUGAGAGACUUGUUCUGGUUGAAGUAUGAAAAUCAUUACCAAGCCUUGGUGGCACAUGCGCAAAAAUCUUGAUGACCAAAUUGUUACUCGUCGUCUGAACUUUACAACAAUAGUCCAAAUUUUUAAUCAUGACUCAACAGGAAAUUUCUUCCUUUUUAUAGGAACAAUUCCAAGAAUGUUUCAGGGAAAAGUAGACCAUUCUUGAACUUCCGAUAAAGAUCCAACAAAACAUGAUUUCGAAACAAUCCAUGUCCACAAACCUUAAUGUACUCCUCUAGAGAAGGCCAAUUUGCCCCUUUAAACUUUUUCGUUGAAAAAAUGGAACCAUUAAAAUCAGAAACCUAACGUCAACUGGAUAACCAGAUUAUGUAACCUAUCCUAAAACGAUAAGCCAGUGGGUGCGCUAAGAGACAUACAUUUGAAAGCGGCCGAAAAAGACAGUGCGGUAAUUUUUUGGCGGGCCGACUCAAAUACUGACAUGAGGUUUGUCGGCAACUUUGCGGCACCUCUUUAUAAAUCCAACCUAUUCAAGGACCUUGUUAGUAGUAAGCGAACAACUCUCCAUUUUUCGCUGUUUCAAUUUCGCAAACGGAAACAAAUCAAUGUUUACCAUGGAUAUCACACCUUUAUACAACACAAGAUUGAGCAAGGUAAAGAUGGCUGCUAGAAUACCAUACCAUCAUAGGUUUAUAUCACAUUUCUGAUCUUCUUAAAGGUUUAGUCCAGUAAUUAAGUUAAUACAUUCAAAUAGCUAGGAAGCUUAUAUACCUAUGUCUAAUAAGCGAAUAAACAGGUAAUGAAUAGAGCUAAUUAAAGGCAGAAGGACUUCAAGGAUCUAAACAUUUUUGGAUCACAAAACCGCCGGAGGACCUGGCACUCAAAAGCUACACUACGUAGUAGAACAAAUCUUAACAAAGCAUUUUCAAAACAAGUCAAAAGAGUUGGAAAGGGAACAAAACCAUAAUUUUUCGUCACAAUAACUUCGUGUUUCCUUGCAACUAGCCAAAAAUGUUUUUUUUUUGUUAGGUAAGAGGUGAUCUCUUUUAAACCUGACGCACAACUUGUUUAUGUACACGCCCACAUGAUGUGACACAUGUUUCUCCAUCUUAAGACCGCGGUUGUAUUAAACCACUUCGGCUCUAAAAAACACUCAGUCAUAAUCGCUUUUGAAGGCAGGACGCAGGACGUGUGUCGCAUAGGACCAAGUAAUGUCUUAGCUUAUCCCAAAGUUCUCUGUAAGCAGAAGUAGAGCAUCGAAACGCGGAAGCCGAAGGUCUAGGACUUCAUUUCUCGUGGGAGACUUAAAUUUCUCUGUUUCCCGUGCUCGUGACUGAAAUGAUUCGCAUCUUUCUUCAAUAAUAAACAGGCUUAGAGGCUCGUUGGAAUACGUUUGAAUUUUCCUGCUCAUUCUUUGGAAACCUGGUUGUUAAACUUCUUGUCCGAAAAGAUAACAUCAAAAAUCACAUAAAUUUCCCUAAAAAUUUUCCUUUAUAAUCAGGACUUUUGCUCGUCGUGAAAUUAACGAGAAACGCUUCUCGGCCAACAAAAAAAGUUAAAGAAUUAGGCAUUUGUAUGGCUAAAAGUUAAUGCAAGUCUAGUGAUAAUACAAGUGCUUGUUAAUGAACACUUUUUCCAAUAAUCUAAGUUGUACUGAAUUAAUAUUGUCUAUACAUACUAGUUGUACAGUGUUAUUUCUUGCUAAGUGAAUAAUUUUCCCAACACAGAUUUUCAAUUUCAGAGAAGGGUCCAUUUUACUAUGCAUAUUACAAUUGGUUAGGUUUGGAGAGUAUGAAUGCUGAACAGACACGCACCGCUUCAGCAUGGCUAAUUUUGUAGACUCACCGUCGCUUGAAUUUAUCUCACCAUGAACACGUCAUAUCAUUAACAAAAGAAAUGCUCGCAACAAGAUAAUGUUUUGAAGUACGGUGUCGUGCGUUGCUUAGUCAUGAAUUAACAGUGAGUCAAUACGUGACUAAUCAGACUUGUUAGUCAAUGUUUGGUUGUGAUAAGAGCCACAGCGACGAUUGUCAAACUACACAGGAAAAUUUAAACCAGACGAGAACGUUUAGAACUAAAGCAUAUUACGUAAGUAGAUCACAUAUUUUGGUAAAUUCUAAGCUCAUUUGCGCAAUAAGGAUAGAUAACAAACUUUCUUCAUGAUACUGGAUAAAGGAAAAAGCCUGUGACCCUCGACUGCGUUGUCGAGAAGUAAAUAAAUAUCUUUCUUUAUACGACAUAUCUUACGGCAUCGACAAUUUUCCUGAAGUUUGAAAAGUUAAAAUUAUUCAUUAGAAACUGUUGAAAUGCGAUAUUGAAAACUCUCAGUAAGAAAAAACAACUACUUGAAAUAUAAAAUUCAGAACUAUACAGAACUAAAGUUACGAAUCAUCACAAAUAGGAGACGAUUGAGCAGAAGGUUAAAAAAAUUCACUUCAAGUAAACUUGCAUCAUAGAUUUGAUAGCAAUUUAUGCCCAGUGAUCAGGGCAUUAACGAUGCUGUUUUAUAUCAUGUUCCUAUUCUUCGUUUAUAUUUUGUUCCCGGUGUGUGGCUAUUCAUACACGCGCUAGCAUGAAUCACUGACUUAUGCCCAACGUCAUCGGCCCACAUACAGUCAAGUACUUUAUUCCUAAUUUUUUGAAUUCAUUCCUAUUUACUUCCUUCAGAUAUAGCUACAAAUGUCUACGGCCUCUCACGUUUCACUACGCACUUACACACAAAAAGUGAUGACGGAACGAUACAAUUCUUUUGUAAAUUGUUCCUCAAAUUUAAAUAUAACCCUUACUUCAAUUACUUUAUUUACCUUAAACCAUUAGACGACUGCAAACUCAUUUCGAUUCUCGAAUAAACCAGUCUUAUGUGAAAAUAUUUUACUAGAAGAAGUUGAAGAGCACCGAAAGUUUUUCUUUCAUAAAUUGCGGCGAACUCGAUGUUGCGACCGUCAAUUAUGACUUUGUAUAAACACAAUAUACUUCACAAAUCGGUCUUUUUGAUGCAAUCAAGGAGUAUUAAUUUUCAAAGCAAAUAGGUGGUUUCAUGCAACACUGCAUUCUCGGCAAAAUCAAAAAAAAUAUUAUAAAGAUUCAGUAGCGAAACACCGCCUCUCCGGUAAUUCAAAAUUUGCGUAACAAUGAAAUCUCUGGUUUAGUCAUGAGGCUGAGUAAUCAAAUAUAUCUGCUUCCUAAUUUUCAUAUUCUUUGUUGUCACAAAGAGAAAUCCGACAUUAUGGGAAAAUUUUCCGACUGAAGCAUUUCAAAUUAAUCAAGAAAUGUGUAAACUUUCGUAAAGUUUUCUCUGAGCGAACAGCUUCUGCGCUCUUCUGUUUCAAUGAGUACGUGAUGUGGUAUCGUGUUGGUUGAGAGAUGAACAAUCAAUAUUCACAGAAUGCAGACACAAUUAUUUUGGUUGAAAACUUCACUUAGUCCGUAACCCACGCGACAGCUUUAGAAAAAAAAGGUGAUCAUUCGACUAAAGAAAUAUAACUCUUAUGAUCUAGACAUGAACACUCCCAAAUGAUGAUCAUACUUAAUCUUGAUAUGACGUUUGAAGAAUUUGGGAAAUGAUCAAAGACAAGGAACAGGAGCAAUCAAUUUUUUUUUUUGAAAAGCAAGGAGAACAAAAAUUUAUGUUCUGUAUUUUGUGAUCAGUACUUUAUCAAAUUUAUCGUCGAAGGCAGGUUAUUACUUAAAAGAAUUGGAAAGAUGAUUGCCUACAAGACUGAACACAACUGCACUGGAUUACCUCCAAGAAAAAAUUUGAGUUUUACUUUUCUUUCGUCUGUUAGAUUAAUUUCUUGCGUGAUUGAAUGAAAGUUUGAAACAAACAAUUUUAUCUCAAAAGCUUUGCAGCUUACAAUAUCUAAAGGAAACCAUCUAGAGCUCCAAACUUUACGAACAAAUGACCGUAAUUAAUAGUGUAGCGGUUAAUAAAACAUACAAUGAAAGAAGUUUUCAAGCAUAGAUUUGCGGAUACCCUUAGGACUCCACAAAUAAUGAAUACGCUUCGCACUUUGUCAAAGCAUAUAGAACGGUGAAAGUUUAACACAUCGUCUUAAAUUUCUCAAGGUUUAAAUUCUCAAGGGUUUAGUUGCCGUAUUGUGACACAAAAGAGAAAAAAAUGCCUUUAAAAAAAUGAACCGGAAACUGAUCUAUACUUUCGGAGGGGUGUAUUGAGGUUCCAAACAAAACGUCGCAGCUUUGUUCCCAGUGCAUCAUAUCAACGUGCUCUUGAAUAAGGAAGGUGAUUAAACUUUGAUUAUUUCGUCUUAAAAGCAAGAGAACACAUCAGACAAUUCAGGAUAUGUAAGUAUAACUUUUCCGGUAAAAUUCUGUCAUUUCCUCAUAUUUUGCUCUCUCUUCCUCGUUCCCCAGAGUCUCAGUCUGCGCUCUCUAAAGUCAAAAAUUCGGUCUGACAUAGAUUUAAAUUCGUUGCGAGCGCUAAGUGGUUUCACUGGUAUGAACCGAUAGUAUUUAAGAAUCUCUGAGUCACUCUGUGAAAGCUUUUGAACUACUGUCGUAAGAAAAUGCUCUUUGUUAAUUUUAACAUCAUUCAAUUCUAAAAGCUCACUUUCAACAUUGUAAGGAAAUCGACUCAUGAAGACUCACCCAGACCAAGAGUGCACUUUCAACGAGCACUCUUAUUCAAAUACUUUCGAGACAAAUACAUUUGAUCUUUCAAUACUCAACAUUGUGUUCGGUUAACAUAACACAGUAAAUUAAGUUUUAUCUGGCAGGUCAAAACUGGGCCCAGAAAGAAGUCGCCAUACGCACGUUUCCGAAUUUACGAUUGUGCACGGGAACGAAUUCUAACCAGUGAACACUUCAAAACAUUGCGAAGUCUCUUGAAUGUUUUGGAAGCACUCAGCUUACGCUACGUUGCCUAUCGAUUUCAAUGCACGUCUAUGUAUACCGAAAUUAAAGGCUUGUCACUCAAUAUCAGGGUUAAUGAAUGGAAAGAAGUCACGUUUGUUCGUUUUAUUAGUUUGGUUCUCAACUCGUGUGUGUCUUUCGAUAUUUCCCAAUUUCCGUCUCGAAAAAGAAAUUUAAUACUUAGAAAAACAAUGAUUCAUUUUUUAUAAUUAGGUACUUUAGCAUUAUCAACCUAGUUGACGAUGUAAAUUGACCACCAUAAGGAGUUCCAAACCUGAAGUUUCGAGAGUCAGCCCUUCGUCAUUCGCUCUGACGCUAAUACUAAAUUACCCUGUUAUUCUCUCCAUCGACGUAGCACUACAGUUACUUUAGAAACUUACCCCCUUUAUUCAAUUUUAUAAUAAGUUUUUGUUAAUAUAUGCGGAAGGUUUCCAGGUCGCUGACGCAGUUGUAUAACCUUCGGUUUCUCCACGGUGACUGCGCGGCUGAUCCCAAACUUUAAACCUGCCAAAUAUUUUUGGUUUUCACAAUUUCAGCCACAAGUUUCAAUAUCCAAGAAUAGCGCGCUAGUAAUUUUAAGCCGGUAGCGUUAGAAUUAUCUUCAAAUUUCCAUCCGUGCUUUCGUAAACGUCUUUCCCUCGAAACAUGGACGUAUGUCUGCAAUUUUGUUUUUCAUGACGGUCCGUUCAGUAUUUUUUUUGGACAGCUUAUUUACAUGAAUUAAAGUCAUGGAGAGUUCCAGAUUGCUGAUCUAACCAAAUACUUUCUCAUAUUCAUUUUUUUAACAGACAAAUUCAAACAAAGAAAAAGGUGGAAAGUCCAGCAUGGUGAAGGUUAAUAGCCGUGAGGAGAGUUCUACUGAUACACUAGGUAUGUACCAAACAAAUAUAGUUCUGAGAAGGAAUGCUAUCUGAUUUAGAAACAUUUCUGUAACCUUUAAUUUUGGUCUGAUAGGCUUUAUCCUGUAAGUUAAAAAAAAAAAAAAUUGUUUUAUCCGGAGAAGGUUCCUUUAUUCUUCAGUAAAAAAGUCCUUCUGCUUAAUUUUGCCACAAUUUAUUCUCGAUCGGCUUUUCUCGCACGGUAUCAUGGUGAGUAAUGGUUAAUAAUCAGUUGAUUCUUUCGAAUAAAAACAUAACUUAGUAGAGACAAUCUUACUCACUCACAACGAACGGAAUAUCACCAGAUCACAUCUUUUAAUCUCGUGUUCGUACGCUCUCCUUGCUGCAUGAAUUAAAGGGAAUUUGUCGAAGAGUUCUGCCAUUUGUGGAGCACUGACAAGUUUCCUCACCGCUAUCAAUUUGAAUUACUCUGCAUAUGGUGGGCACAAAAAUUCUCCAUCGAAGGGAAAAGCAAAGUGGGCCUGUCUCGAGCGUUUAGAAAAAUUUCUCCAAUUUUGUCGAAAAGCUCAAUUUGGUUUCGCGAGGAAAAUUGUUCACCAUGAGCGUGACGACAACAAACAAAUAAUGAAAUUAUAGACACAUGACACGAAAAUGUUUAAGAAAUUAUGGAAAGUAUGAUCAAAAUGACGCGAGAAAGCCAACACAUUCGUGUCUCCGACGAAAACGAAAUUUCAAGAAAUUUCAAUUUCGGAAACUUCCGAAUGCAUACUCGGUCAUAAUCGGAUCAUACCGAGACACCUUCAACAAGAUAAUUCUUUCUUUCACGGUUAUUCAGAUUAAUAAAGCCAACCAACAAAAGGAUUUUAUAUAUUCUUUUAUACUGAAUGUAAACUAAACCCUUCGCUAUAAGACUGCUCUCUUCGGGUAUUGCGUAUAAGGAUAACAUAGUGUCUACAGUGAGAAAUGUAAAUUGAACAUGCUUCUACUCCCCUUAACUGCCUCGAUUCGCAGAUACAAAGACACUGAUGAAAACAUCAGCUCGCACUUCAUUAACAUAAUUCUAAAACGUUUAUUGUAUUUGGUACAAAGAGGACGAGAUCGUAAUAAAUCGAGAACUAAUUAAUCGGACCGUAAUGACUUAUUGUUAUAUUUUCUAAAGAGUCUUCCCAAGGCUUACCCCCAGUGUCGCAAGUAAUCCUUCCAAGUCAAAUAACCGUGAAAAUGUCAUUCGUGUAAAAUCCUUGUAUAGAACCUCGUUGAGACAAUCAAAGCUUGGAAAACUACUGAAAGGAACAAUUCUACAGAAUUCUACAACCUUCGAAACUACCUCCAACGUUCAAUAGUGACAGGAUCGAAAUUUGGCGAUAAUUAGUCAGUAAUACUAUUCCGAUAGAUUAUCAGGAUUUUCGAAGGAAUAGUCGUUGUGUUCACUUGGUUUACGAUGGCGCAGACAUAUUUAAGGCACCGAAUCUUUGAUUUCUGAGUUGGGUAAGUUGAAAAUUUUGCAUCAGCAUUUUAUCAAAUGCAAUAAUCUAAUUUUAAACUCCUUUACACGUUAUCAUCUGCAUUUAUCAUGGAAUAAAGGAUUAGUGGUCCCGCGCAAAAGGUUUGAUGGCGGAGAGUAGACCACAGUAAUUGUGCUCAGCCAAUUCGACUAGUUCAAACGAAAACAAAAUAAUAUUUAUUCUUCUCUUCGAGGUUUGAAUACUAGUGAGGUCAGUUUUAUAACACAAUCACAAAAAACCAAAGCUGUUUCUGUGAUUUCAAGUAACAUGUACACUUGCUUUAGAAACACUGCACACACUCAACACAAGUUAUAAAGAGUUAUAAAGCUCUAAGUGAUGUAUGAGAUGUAAUCCACAAUAUAACUCGCACAAUAAACGGGCGCAAAGAUCUCAGAUCCUUGUUGAAUCAGACGGGAAAAUACUCAUAUUACAACAGCUUUUAACAAUAAAACGCUUUGGAUAUCAAGGGGAAUAAUACACAAACUAAUUCGUGAUUCAUGAAACUGUCUAACAUUUCUCUAUGUUUGUGUCGAGUCAUAAAAACAAUGAAAGAAUUUCACUGUUUUCAAGCAUCGGGAUAUCGGUUAAAGUACAGUUUCAGACUCCUAUGAUGACUUCCGCACACGUUGUCUAAAUGUCAGUCAACACUACCGACAACAAUCCUUUUCCAGACUACCCUCGCCGCACGAUCAGACAGCACCGGCGAUCAACCUGGCUUCAAUUCACGACCCAAGAGGUCAAAGAAGGGCAAAUUUGGCAAAGAGUUGAAAAAGAAUGCAAAAUACCUAAACAAUGAAAUAUAGAGCGAAUCAAAACACUCCGUAAGGGAAGAUAUUACUCCAUGUGAACGUGACUGAUUCAAAAGAAAAUUUUGUCGCCCAUUUGAACGUGACUAAUGCCAAAACAAUGUCAACAAUGGUCACGUCUCGCUUUUCAAAUCCUCUUCAAGAAUUUUUUCUCUGCUGCCAUCUAGAGAGCGCCCAGCUUGACUCGUUCUCUUUCUCCUUUAUUCUUCAUUUUGUUAAUUCAGUAACCUGUGUACAUUUGAUUUUCUUUUGACAUUAUGAGGCAACAACGCUGACAAUAGCUACUGUCAAUAGCUACUGCCUUUGUGUCAUCGCUUUGUGGAAUUGUUGACAGCAAAUUUUUCCAUUUACACAACGAAACCAAAACAAUACGAAGGGACGUGCGAGAGUCAAACACUUCAACUUCUGUUUCUUUCCGGACAUCAAAUGAUCAGUUAACAACUCAUCAGUGAAAUCAUGUGGUCGCUUGUGCUUGAAAAGAUGAGAUUUCACCACAUGAUAGGUGUGAAACGGGGCGAUAAUGAGCUUUAUCAUGAUCGUGAGGGCUUCAGCGACGAGGGAAACAAUGCAAUUUCUGGUGAGAGGCGAUGGCUUUUGUGAAUUUUAAUAUUUGAUGUUGUUGGUUAUCAGUUCAAUUUGAGCUUCCGUUAAGCAUCAUGAAAUGCUUAAAUGUUAACCAUAUACUUGAAAAAAUCAAGCAAAGAUGUUAUCUGAACUGUGCAAGCAAAAAUAUCGACAAUUAUUUCCUGUUGGAUUGACACGUACCUUCGCGCGAGACAUCUUUUACAGCCCGCAUACUUUGGUUACCACAUACGGCUCGAAAACAAAAGCAGCUAUUUUUUUAAUCACAAAGGAGACAUAAUUCUCUGAGCUUUUGCCUUUAUGAGUGCUGCAACUAUUGAAACUUGCGCAGUGGAUUUCCUUUAAAUUGUUCCUGGCCUUUAUCAGUCGAUGAAACAAAGUUAUUGAUCUUUUUAACAAAUCACUUAUCGAAUUAACGGAUUAACAGCUCAUAUCCUUGUUUCUCUCAUUUGUAAUGUAUGCAACACAAAAGACGUAGAAUGAAGUUCCCUCUUUAAUAAUUCAGAGACCAACUCAACGUUUACCCAUGAACUUAAAGCAGAACCUUUUUUAACCACUUGAUGUCGGUUCUGGGUCACAGAACUUCGGCCCCAGCAAUGGAACAAAAGGAAAAAAAAGCUUAUUUAAAAUAUGCGUCAAAGCUAAAUAAUCCUAUCCUAUGGAUGUUUACAAUUUUUCGCACUGCAUACGAAAGAGAUAGGUUUUUUAUGACGCGAGCAUAAUUCUUUAAAAACGCAUUAGACUUCCUGAGACUCAUCAGUCUAUAAACAUUUAAACUUACCAAAAUUUAUGGCACGCAGAUAUUCUCAGUUAUGUAAGCGAGUAGAAAAGCAAAACGCACAAUUGAGCUUAUGUAGUUUUCAGUGAGGCCAAGUGCAGUUAUCUUAACAUACAAAAAAAUUAAUAUUAUAAAAUUAAAAAAAAUUGUAUGCCUCUUUAUUCGACUUACGCUGCCCACACAUCAUGUUUAUAACAGGACAACCGAAGUGGUUCAACCAUAUAAAUAAUUUCUUGUGUCUCCCGUUGUAAGCUAUUAUCUAUCGGCGAAUUACGUCACACGAUUCAGCAGGUGUCAAUGCUACUUAUCAAAACACUACUUGAAAUUCAUCAAGGCAUUGGUUUGCUAAAAAAACUCAAUAUGUAUACUCGAAUAGCGCCAUAUUUCACUCCAUACUAGCCCUUCAAAGACUUGAUAUCUUCAACAUUACCUCAUGACGUUUCUGCGCAGCGGUGCAAUAACUUUCGUAUUACGCAAUUUGAGCGAAAGAUAUGGAUGGCAACAAAUUGCGCGUUCCAAGUAAGUAACACUGUCCAUCACAAAAGUUUCUUCCCUUCUUCGCUUAUACGCCAUGAGGGGUAAAAAUAAUUGUCACAGAUCUUGCAGAAUCUCUUUGUCAUUUGAAUGUUUCUGUUAUCAACUGUAUUUAAGUUAUGUUUUGCAGUUUUACUUUGCCGCAAGGUUAGUUUGACCGCCAAGAUAUUGAAUUUGUAAGAAAUGUUGCAAAUCUUUCAGUUUGUUUAUUUCCCGGCAGCUCUUUUUGUUUUGUAAUAUUUCACGUUCGCAGUGAUUUAAAAACGAAUCCUUCGUGUUUUUCGUACGAGGGAAUAAUGUUUUCAUUCUUUUCCAGCCUUGUUAGACUUGCAGAUUUUUUUCAUAUCUGCUUCAAUUAACAAUUUGAAAGACGAUGAUUCAAUUAUCUUAAUCACUUUGUCAACAAGUAAACACAGGAAGCCUUCUUCCAAACAUUUGCCCUGAGAUAAAAAGCCGGAAAAAAUGUAUUUGUAUUCUUUUUGGCUGAAAAGUGAGACAUUACAGCAGUGUUAGCGAAUCAUUUAUCAUUAUACUGUCAGGUGUGAUACAUGAGCAGAUUUUUUUCAAGAAACUUAAGGAGACUACUUGAUUAAAUAUUCUUCUUUCCUUGAAACUAUUAUCCUUUUCAACGUUUUUGUUGACUUGACAAUCAACUAUUUAACGAGCCAAUUGUUAAAACAGCGUGGGCGUACUUUCAUCUUUCGUGUAUCUACCUGUAGACGCGGUUUGAAACAAAUUUUUCCUAAAGUUUCAGUAUUGUGCACCAGAAUUUUCACUCUUGAGGCUUUUUGUUUUCUUUUACCCACAAACAAAUAAAAAUAGUCGUUCAUCUAGCUAAUUGUAAUACUACUUAUGGGCACUUACAAUUAAGAAAUCUUCGUAAAAGCCGUGUAAACUUUGAAAUUGAAACGUUGAAAACGUUGAAAUAUUUUUCAGCCAAUAGAUUUAGAUUUAAUCAAACAUUAGCUUCUAUGAUGGAGGACUUUAUAUAUUGAGUCCACAAAGUUAGUUUUAAAUACACACAUUUACAUAUGCUUUUGGCAAGAGGAAUUAGUUAAUUUAUUAGUUGGUCUACUUUCUUGCAAUCAUGAAUCAACGACCAUCACGAAAGAAUGUUUCGCGAUAAUUCACUUAGGAGUUGAGAUUAGAUUCGUUUGUUUGUAGGGGUUAAAGGGAAACCGUGGUUCGCACCCGUAGAGUAAAACAGGAAAUGCAUUUACAAGAACAAUUUACGUUGACUGAAAAACUAUGAAUCACAUUCAACUCACACACAAGCACAUACGUAAAGCUAAAAAAUUAAGCUUCUCAUGAUGUCCCCAAAUAUAAACGAAACAUGUCAGUGAAAAAUCUAAAUUAACAUCAUAAAUUCAUAUAUUUUUAAACCGAACUAACCUGCAACUGACCAAUCUAUAGGAAAACCACUAGUAUAAAGAAUCAUUUUUAUUUUUCUCUCUCAUUUUUACAGAGAUCCCAUCUCCUACAGUCCCUCAAGGUGGAAAACAAAUGGCACUGCCGUCAGGAAUGGAUCCCAAGCGUGCCGCCGCCAUGUUGGAAAGGCGCCGCGUAUCUGCAUCUGUCAAUGAAAUACGGGAUUUAUACAGCGCUUUGCAAGAACUUGUCCCGGGCAAUACAUCAUCUUCACCUCAACAUCGGGCAAUUUCAACAGAUAUUAAUUUCGAAAGUGUUUCAUCGAAUCCCACCUCUCCUAACUUGAGGAGAAGAAAUGCUGAAAAUGGUGCAAAAGACGCGCCCCGAUCCCCGACAAGCGAGGAUGAAUCAACACGAGUUAGAAGGCUUCUUCCAGUGACCCCUGACUCACCAGCCAAUCAACGCAAGUUAAAACCUAAGGUCAUUCAAGCUCUUGACGUAAAUGCCGAUCAUGGUUUAACCAAAGGAAAACGUUCCCCUAAUAUGGGCAGGCGAGGGUCCAGUGGUGAGGUACUAUUGAGCAUACAAACCAGUAGACUGGGAAAACCAUCGCCUAAUAUGGGAAGGCGAGGAUCAAGUGGUGAAGUCCUUCUAGGCGUGCGAGCCAAUCAGGUUAAGGCACCCAAAAGUCCUUUGGCAAUGACAAGAUGGUCUUCACACCUUGAUAUCGCUGAUGCCUGUGAAACCAGGUCAACGGUUCCAGACUCACCAUAUCCACUCAGAUUGGACAGACUUGUCAGUCCAGAACGGCUUGGUAGGCGUGGAUCAGAGGGAGGCAUUUUGACCCCAAAUAUGGACAAAAGCGAUAAAAAGUUUAGUCCCCUUAAAGUCAAGAGGAGGGGCUCAAGUGGUGAUAUCCUCAGCACGGAAAACAUAGAGAAUAUAUCCAACGGCCUUACGAGUAGUACUGUUACGUCACCACGAAGUGGCGCUGCGUUGGACAUUGACUCGUACCCAAGACGAGGCUCCCUGAUGAAUGCACUUACUAAGUUUUCACAUUCCUUUAAAAGAAAAACCCCGCCAGCAAGUCCACUGCGUAAAGAGGCUGCAGAUGCAAUCGCAGCUCACCAGACAGUCGUUGAUGGGCCUGUGCCGACCAAAAAGUUACCCAGACUGGAGAGUCAAAUGGAUAUGUUGUUGAAUUCCCUGCAAGAUUUGCAAGGAACAGAAGAGGUGCAUACGAAUGCAAUUGACACAGAGACCCCAAGGAAACACGAUCAACGUCGAGGAAGCCUGGGCACUGAGAUGCAGGAACUCCUUGGAGCCCUACAUGAACUUUCUAACAUGGCAACAAGCUCAGACUCAGACUCUAUCGGUGAAAACGAGUCGAGGUCGAGGCGUGGGUCUGAGUUACAAGAUCGAGUGCCGGUCCAAAGGGAAUCACUUGAUCAACUGGAGGCUUAUUUCACAGAAAAGUUACGAGACGCAACUCGGGCUAAUGCUUCAAAAUCACCUUCUGAGCGGUCUUCUGAAAGUGAAGCCCCGCACUCGGAUAGAGAAGAUGCUGAAUUGAGCCAAGUAUCGUCCGAAAUGUCUAGCAAGAAAAUUUCUCUAGAAAUAGGGAUGGCCGAUGAGGGAGUCGACAUCGUUGAUGGCCCCUCCGAAGUUCUACCGAUGGAGUCCGAAGUUAAACGGAGUCCUCUGAUGGAGGACCGUGAAGAAUUUGCUAGCCAGGUAAACAGAAAACUCCAGGAUUGGCUAGCAAAGGCAACUGCAUUAUCAGAAAGAGAAAAAACGGAACCAAGCGACAACUUAGCGACGUAUGAUAGUGAAGGGGCAAAGUAUGAUUCCCCCGAUUCCGACGAAAGUGACUACAACAAAGACAAAGAACCAAAGCGAAUGCGACGGAACCUCUUCUCUAAGUUGUCACUUCUUCGCCGUGGUGACAAAGCCAAGUUCAAGCAUCGCAGGACAAAAUCUAUGCAUGAUGUUACCUUUUUAGGUGAAAACGAUUGUUCCCUUCAAGAUCUUGAAGCUGAAAAUUCUCAAAAGGCGAUCACACAGACUGAAAAAAAGUCUCGGCGUCCAAGUGUGACCCGUUCAUUGUCCAUGUACAAUGUUACGCUUCCGCGAAGUAAAAACACUAAAACCCGACAAGUCAAAGAAGCUGAAGACUUAUCACAGGCUACUCUUAAUGCUGAAAAACCGCUCAAGUCACAGAGUACGCACGUUGUGGAAACACAUACACCCGUAAUACUGCCAAACAAAGGAAGCAUUGUGACGUCGCAAGUGAUUUCAACCUCCAGUAAAGAUUAUUGCAGUGCCCUUGAUGCUAAAAAUCUUUCGGUGGCUUCGGCAAAACGUGAACUUAAUAAAACCAGACAUAGUGCAGGGGAUACAAACGUGAAACUGUUUGUACAAAAAAAACGAUCGCGUCGACUGCCUACUAACUUGCCAUUCUUUUAUACGCCAGAGGCGGCUGAUGCUCGUUCCUGUAACACUGACACAAAGAAGCCUCCGAGAAAAACUGACGCUCAAAUUAAAACUAAACAGUUAGCAAACAAUCCUCCAAUGGAGGAAAUUUUCUACAAUGAGAAGAAAAGUGACUCAAGAAAAUUGAAAAAGGCCUGCAGCAAUACACUGUCCUGUCCGCGUAUUCUCGUAAACGAGAGCACACAUUAUUUUUUUGGAACGACUCAAGAAAACGGACAUGGUGAUAGCGACAAAGGUACACUGUUUUAUCAAGGCUCAUCCCAGUCUCCUUUGCGACGCUUUCCAUCAGUUGACAGUUUCUUAAAGUAUACCAAAGAUCUGCAAGGAUGCGAGGAGCCUCGGGCGAAUGGAUCUUGUAAUUAUGGACACGAGUUAGGAGCCGAUGAUGCAACAAGGAAGAACCUUUUCAGAGGUAAGAAUUCUCGGUCAUUUUAUGUCUAA